AUGUCCCCACGUGCCCAACGCGCUGGGCGACGCAGUGGGCCCUGCUCCGCGGCGGGGAGCCCGGCGGCGAAAUCCCCUCCGGAGACAGUGGGGGAGAGGGAUCAGGAUCGACAGGCGGAGGAGGAGACGAUGGCAGAGUUGAUGGCGGGGGUGACUGCACACCUGGAGCCUCCUCCGCCCUCAGAUACCCCAUCACCUCCCACAGGAUUGGGAUGCGCCUCCCGCCAAGAAACAGCUGCGGGCAUCCCAACGGCGCUGGCGACGGAGCAGCUGAUGAGGAGGGCUGAGGUGCAGGAGACGUCGAGGGGCGAGGCGUCGGCGGCGGCUGCGGUGGAAAGGGGAAACGUCGCAGCGGCGACUACGUCGGUGGAGAUGGUGGGGGAAGCGGCUGCUGCCGCAGAGAUGCCAGAGGAGGCUGUGACGGCAUUGGGGCGGGCUGGCAGAACUGACGCCGUUUUUGGCGGCGGCUCAACUUCACGUUCUGCCAACCACCAGGGGGCACAACAGCAGACGCUGGAGCUGGGUCUGGCGGUGGAUCGGGAACCGUCCGAGGCGGCGACGUUGUCUGCGUCACCAGCGCCGGUACCGGCAGCGGUGUUGGCUGCGGUGAUGACUGCUGCGACCGCGGCAGGGAACCUGGUCGACGCCCCGAUCGAGGAGGAGGCAUCGGUGGCCGCUGUGAGUGCCGGAACUUCUGCUGCUGCCGAGGGCGCAGACACGCAGGAGCGCGACCAGGCGGCGAGCGGAAGACGGGGUCACGGGACCGGUGCCCCUGGACGCGCCGCUCAAGGGAGGGGCGGGAGGAAGCUCCGUGCCCAGCCAGCGCCGAGGCGGCCCGGAGCAGGGCUGGGGCCUGGCGCCCUGGGACCCCUCUGGGGCUGGAAGCGCCACAGGACGGACGAGGGGGGCGGAACGAUGAGAGCCGGACCGGGGAAGGAGCGCCGAGCCGUGGGGCCCGAGGAGGAGGACGCGAGGCAAGAGGGGGAAGAAGGGGCGGGGGCGCAAUCGUCGGCAGAAGGGAGGCGCUUGUGA